AUGCACCUGCCCGGCUGCGCGCCCGCCAUGGCCGACGGGAGCUUCUCGCUCGCCGGCCACCUGCUCCGCAGCCCGGGCGGGAGCUCCUCCAGGUUGCACAGCAUCGAGGCCAUCCUCGGCUUUACCAAGGACGAUGGGCUCCUCAGCGCUUUCCCGGCGGAGCGAGGCGUCCGGGGUGCCAAGGAGCGGGAUCGGAGGCUGGGUGUGCGGCCCGCCUGUCCCAAGGAAAUCGGGGAAGACACUGAAGCCUCCUCGGCGCCCGCCCCGGCGCCCGCCCCGGAGUAUGAAGCUCCCCGCCCCUACUGCCCCAAGGAGCCCGGGGACGCACGGCCGAGCUCGGGGCUGCCGGGCGGGCCGGCCGCCGGCGACGCGAAGCCGUCGGAGGAGGAGCAGCCCAAGAAGAAGCAUCGGCGCAACCGCACGACGUUCACCACGUACCAGCUGCACGAGCUGGAGCGCGCGUUUGAGAAGUCCCACUACCCCGACGUGUACAGCCGCGAGGAGCUGGCCGGCAAGGUCAACCUACCCGAGGUCCGCGUGCAGGUGUGGUUCCAGAACCGACGGGCGAAGUGGCGGCGGCAGGAGAAGCUGGAGGUGUCGUCCAUGAAGCUGCAGGACUCGCCGCUCCUCUCCUUCAGCCGCUCCCCGCCCUCGGCGGCCCUGGCACCCCUCGGGGCCGGCCCGGGCGGCGGCGGCGGCGGUGGCGGCGGGGGCCCGGCGGGAGGCGCCCUGCCGCUCGAGUCGUGGCUCGGGCCGCCGUUGCCCGGCGCGGGCGCCACGGCGCUGCAGAGCCUGCCCGGCUUCGGGCCGCCGGCGCAGAGCCUGCCGGCCAGCUACACGCCGCCGCCGCCCUUUCUGAACUCGCCGCCGCUGGGCCCCGGCCUGCAGCCCCUCGGGCCGCCGCCGCCUGCCUACCCCUGCGGGCCGGGCUUCGGGGACAAGUUCCCGCUGGACGAGGCGGACCCGCGCAACAGCAGCAUCGCCGCGCUGCGCCUCAAAGCCAAGGAGCACAUCCAGGCCAUCGGGAAGCCGUGGCAGGCCCUCUAG